AUGGGUGAGCUGCGGCAUGGGCAUGGGGAACAGAUGUGGCCCGAUGGUGCCAGAUACUGCGGGCAGUGGGUCAAAGACAAGGCACACGGCCAGGGCCGCUUCGAACACGUGGACGGAGAUGUCUACGAAGGCCAGUGGCAGGCAGACAAGGCGCAUGGCCAGGGCAUGUACCAACACGCUGACGGCUCGCGCUAUGAGGGCCAGUGGAAGGAAGAUAAGCAGCACGGCCGUGGCUUAGAGCUUUGGCCUGACGGUGCCAGAUACCAAGGGGACUACCUGGAGGGCCGGAAGAACGGCCAGGGAAGCUUCAGUUGGGCGGAUCGCUCGAGUUACGAGGGCGGCUUCCGCGACAACGAGAUCAACGGCGAAGGGCUGUACAUUUGGGGUGAUGGUCGAAGGUACCAAGGGCAGUGGGUGAACAACCGUAUGCACGGCCAUGGGGUCUUCACCUGGGCAGAUGGCCGCACCUACGCCGCUCAGACGAAGAUUCAAAGGAUGGGCACGGAGUGUUCUCCUGGCCUGAUGGCCGAAAGUAUGAUGGGCAAUGGAAGGAUGGCAAACAACAUGGCACGGGCUCUUACGUGA